CCUCAGGCGGCAGAGGGAAGGCAGUGCGAGCACGUCUCCGUCUGUCCCUGCGUGGUGGCGAGCGCCCAGCGGCUCCCGUGUGCGCACUUGCGUUCCCCAAGGGGGACGCUGCCUGGGUAACUGCAGCCGCCGCCUGGAUUGAUAGAGCAGCGCCUGGGCCGCCUGGAGCUGGAGCAGCGAUGAGCCGCGACCCCAACCCCGACCGCGAGCGCCCGCUGGACGGAGAUAUCAACCCACAAGAGAUGGUCCCAAGCUGGAAGAAUGCUGUUCUUGUGGAUGGAGUUGUACUGAAUGGCCCCACCAUAGAUGUAAAAGCAGGAGAAAAAUUUGUUGAAGAGGCCUGUAGAUUAAUAAUGGAAGAGGUGGUUUUGAAGGCUACAGACAUUAAUGAGAAGGUCUGUGAGUGGCAGCCUCCAGAACAGCUGAAACAACUCCUUGAUUUGGAGCUCAGGGACACAGGAGAGCCACACAACCGGCUAUUGGAACUCUGCCACGAUGUCAUACGCUACAGUGUCAAAACCAACCAUCCAAGAUUUUUCAACCAGCUAUAUGCUGGACUUGAUUAUUACUCCUUGGUGGCCAGAUUUAUGACAGAAGCAUUAAACCCAAGUGUUUAUACGUAUGAGGUGUCCCCAGUGUUUCUGUUAGUGGAAGAAGCGGUUCUGAAGAAAAUGAUUGAAUUUAUUGGCUGGAAAGAAGGGGAUGGAAUAUUUAACCCAGGUGGUUCCGUGUCCAAUAUGUAUGCCAUGAAUUUGGCUAGAUACAAGUACUGUCCUGAUAUUAAGGAAAAGGGACUGUCUGGUUUGCCAAGAUUAAUCCUUUUCACAUCUGCAGAGUGUCAUUACUCCAUGAAGAAGGCAGCCUCAUUUCUUGGGAUUGGUACUGAGAAUGUUUGCUUUGUGGAAACAGAUGGAAGAGGUAAGAUGAUACCUGAAGAACUGGAGAAGCAAGUGUGGCAAGCCAGGAGAGAGGGCGCAGCUCCAUUCCUUGUCUGUGCCACGUCUGGUACCACGGUGCUGGGGGCCUUCGAUCCCCUGAAUGAGAUAGCAGACAUCUGUGAGAGACAUGGCCUCUGGCUCCACGUGGACGCUUCUUGGGGUGGCUCAGCCUUGAUGUCCAGGAAACACCGCAAGCUUCUGCAUGGCAUCCACAGGGCUGACUCUGUGGCUUGGAACCCACACAAGAUGCUGAUGGCUGGAAUUCAGUGCUGUGCUUUCCUUGUAAAAGACAAAUCUGAUCUUCUCAAGAAAUGCUACUCUGCCAAGGCAUCUUACCUCUUCCAGCAGGAUAAAUUCUAUGAUGUCAGCUAUGACACAGGAGACAAGUCUAUCCAGUGUAGCAGGAGACCAGAUGCAUUCAAAUUCUGGAUGACCUGGAAGGCCCUGGGCACAUUAGGCCUUGAAGAGAGAGUUAAUCGUGCUCUUGCUUUAUCUAGGUACUUAGUAGAAGAAAUCAAGAAAAGAGAAGGAUUCAAGUUACUGCUGGAACCUGAAUAUGCCAAUAUUUGCUUUUGGUACAUUCCACCGAGCCUCAGAGAGAUGGAGGAAGGACCUGAGUUCUGGGCAAAACUUCAUUUGGUGGCCCCGGCCAUUAAGGAGCGGAUGAUGAAGAAGGGGAGCCUCAUGUUGGGGUACCAGCCCCACCGGGGGAAGGUCAACUUCUUCCGGCAGGUGGUGAUCAGCCCUCAAGUCAGCCGGGAGGACAUGGACUUCCUCCUGGACGAGAUAGACCUUCUGGGUAGGGACAUGUAGCUGUGGCUUUUGGUCCCCCAGAGGCCUGGGCCCUUCCCUGGAGGGUUGCAGAUCCAGGACAUCUGGGGACACUUAGGAGAUCGCAGCUGUUCUGAUGAGAAAUAGGAAAUGUACUCCAUCCUUGCCCAGCAAAACCAAAAUGCUAAGUGAAUAGAUUUAAGGACUGUUUAGCUGCCUGGGUGCCUCUGUUGCGAUAAAGGAGGUAAUGACAGAUGGCUUUUCUCAAAGAUCAUCCGUGGGAGAGAGCCUUGAAGGGAGUUUAAUAAGUACCAUGUGGGCUUUGGGUUCGAAGCUUUCAUUGUUCUUUAAAGGAGGUAUAAAUUAGUAGGUUAAAGCAGUGGUUUCAAUGCAUGGUCCUUAGACCAGCAGCACCAGCAGCACCUGGAAACUUGUCAGAAAUGCAGGUUCUCAGCCUAGCCCCAGACCCACUGAAUCAGAAACUCUAGGCGUGGGCCAAGUAUUCUGUAUUUUAAGGAGAUUUCCAGGUGAUUCUAAGGCAAGGUAAAAACUGAGAACCAGUGGUUUAGCUUAACUUUGAAUUGACUAAAUGAUCACUCUGAUGUUUUGCCAGCAAAGGGAUUUCUAAUAUUGCAGUGGCCCCUGCAUCAGUCUUUGAAAAUACAGCUGUAGCAUCUAUAGCACAAAUGCUUAGGGGCAUCAAAAGUAUAUUGAAGCUAUUUUUAAAAGAGAAACUAUAUAAGCUAUUUACUUUAUAAAAAGGUAUCUUUUAUGCAGGCUAAAUGUUUAUUCUCAAAAGUUAAAGUUAGCCAUUAUCUAUUAUAAAUUAUUUAAAUUAGAGGUAAGGAUAAAAGACAACGACUUUGUGAUGUAGCUCUCUUUAAUCCAAGCAAUAGUCCUAAUUCACUUCCCCAAAUCAUUUGUGUCAUUAAUUGGGAACAGACAUUAGGUAUAUAUGUCUCUAAUUAGGUACCUCUCUUAGCUUGAGGGGCCCUUUUCUUAUCUUCUCUGCUUAUAGGAAAUAACCAGAAUGAAGUCCAGGGUUAUACAACAUUCCCUUUCUCAAGCUUUGAAAUGUCAGUGUAGACAAUUAAGUGGUUUGUAUUGGACAGAGUAUCUGGGAAUUAGAGGUCUUUCAGGGAAAACACCUCCUCCAUUUCUCCUGGGGAUGAAUAAUUGUAAUUCUACCACUGAUCCUGGUCCUAGAUUUCUAGCAGAAUCUUAUUUGAUUAAAAAAAUAAGCAGAAUUCAGAGAUGUGGGUGCAGAGGUCAACAAGGUACGAUUACAACUCUAAUUAGAGUUCUGAUUUGGAAGACCCAUGAUUGAAGAGUGUUCAAGUACUAGACUUAGCAUAUUCAACUACCAUUUUGUACUCUUUCAUUAACUUGCAUCAUUUAAAUUAUUUAGAGUAAAAAGCAAUUGUAUACUAUUUGCUUUUAUUCCAUAUUUUCAUUUUAGGGUGUGUGAUUUCUCAAUAUCUCUUCGGUCAAAGACUAUUUUAAUUUUUCUCUGAAUGACUUUAGUCUCUGGCGAUAUU